UUAUAAAAACCUCGUUAAUGUCACCGUCUUCUCUGCACAGGUCACUCACUCUCUAAUAAACUAACUCUUUUACUUUCUAAGCUCUCUGCAAUAAUCGAUGGCAAAGAACUCACAGAGCAGCAGCAAGAACCAGGAGAAGAAGAAAGGAAACAGAGUGUGUGAGAAGAUCUUCAGAGCAGUGACGAGUCCUGUACGAACCGUUCGCCGCAUUUCCACUAAACCUUCACCGAACCACCACCACCACCAAGCAGAGGCUGUCCGCGUCAAGUUCUCUGAGACAGCCAAACCCGUAACAAACAUCGAGCAGAAGAAGACGCUGAUCACUCGAGUAGAGACAACGCUGAAAACAGACGAGAGGUUCACCGACUAUAUAAAGAAAGCGAAGCUGAAGAUAAGGGCACCGACGAGGAAUGAUGAUGUGUCGGAUACAAGUGAAAAAGAUACACGUGAUGAUCAUCAUCACCACCACCAUGUACCUAUCUCUCGUGUAUCGAGAGAGAGUAGCAGUGGGAGAUCAUCAGAUCGUUUCUCUGAGUACAUAAACAAGGCGAAGAUGAAGUUCAGGUCAUCUUCUACCGUCGUUCGUGCGAACACAACUCACGAUUCUUUCAAGUAUCAAUGAUGAGUUCCGACAACUUUCUAUGAAUAAUCUUGGUCUUGGCUUGCUCCAUAUUAUAAGGAAAAUAUCGAUUGUGAAAUAUGUUAUGAUUUGAAAAUUCUGUUGUGGGUAUGGGGGAUCCAUUGAUUUAUUGAAAAUCCCACCCGAAUAUUGUAAUACUUAUAUGAAAAUAAAGGUUUGU